CAUUAUUCCUACGCCCGGCCGGUCAGAACGAGUCAGCGCUGGCGGGGGAAAACGCCGCUUAGUGCGCGGGGAAAAAAAAGCCAAGCCGUAGCCGCCGAAGCCCCCGACCCCCUUCGGUGGCUCGUUGUAGCGGUUCGGACCGGCCGCUUCCCCUCAGAGGUAGCCGGCAACCGAGGCCGGUAAAGAGAACCGGGGGCGGGGGCGGGGCGUCUUCGGCAGUUUUCAAGUUUCCUUGUCCGACGCUGGGAUGGCUGUGCCCACGCUGCAGGGGAGCUGCCUCCUCCUAUGGUAAGCAGGACGGCCGGUGUGGCAGACCAUGGACUCACUGAGACGCGCAGCGGAGGUGUGAAAAUGUCGAACGGCAACCGGGCCCUGGUGGUGGACUUUAUUUCCUACAAGCUGUCGCAGCGGGGCCACAGCUGGAGCGCGAUCGAGGGCAGCGGGGAAGACCGGACGGCGCUGGCCGGCGAGAUGGGCGGCGUGCUGAACGGCAGCCCCUCUUGGCACCCCAGCCCCGGCCCCGUGGUCCACGGGGCGGCCGGCCACCCGAGCCUGCUGGAAGACCUGGACGAGGCCCCCCAGGCGGAAGUGAGGCAGACGCUGCGGGAAGCCGGGGACGAGUUCGAACUGCGCUACCGGCGCGCUUUCAGCGACCUGACCUCGCAGCUCCACAUCACCCCCGGCACCGCCUACCAGAGCUUCGAGCAGGUGGUGAACGAACUUUUCCGCGACGGGGUGAACUGGGGGCGGAUUGUGGCCUUUUUUUCCUUCGGCGGGGCGCUGUGCGUGGAGAGCGUCGACAAGGAGAUGCAAGGCCUGGUGGAGCGGAUCGCCACCUGGAUGGCCACUUACCUGACCGAACACCUGGACCCCUGGAUCCAAGAUAACGGAGGCUGGGAGCGGUUUGUGGACCUGUACGGGAACGACGCGGCCGCCAAGAGCCGGAAGGGCCAGGAGCGCUUCAACAAGUGGCUGUGGACGGGGGCCACCGUGGCCGGCGUGGUCCUGCUGGGCUCCCUGCUCAGCCGCAAAUAGCCAGAGACUGACCAACUGACCAUCUGGGCCCUGCUCCAGCCCUCCGUCCUCGUAAUCAUUCCAGGGGGGUGGGGAGGAGGGGGCUCCGCUCCCCCACCCCAGGCUCACCCCCCUUCCUCCUCCAAGCAACUCACAGACCUCUUUCUGGUGCCUCCUGCCCCCUCCUCUCCACCCCCCCCCAAGACCCAGAGACUCUGGCUGUCCUAUGUGCAGAUCUCGGCUGGGGGGGGCUCCUCCGAUCCUCAGAGCCCCCCCCUUCCGUUCCCCCACCUGCUGCUUUCCAUCCGCAAAACAGUCAUUUCUGGAAAUUGCAAAUUAACCUCGUUCAAGCCGUUCCGGCCCUGUUCCCCAGCAGACCCAGCCCCUGGGGAGGUGGGGGGGGGGCUUCAGGGAGGGGAUGGGGAGGGCCCCCCCUCCUCCCCAGGCUCUGGCAAGUGACAAAGCGUGUGGCUUCUCCCCCACCCACCCACCAUUAAGGGAUACUCGGACUUGCCCGAAACCUCCCUCCACAGGCAAGUCACCUAGAUCCGGAACCUUCUGCCCACUACACAGCCCAUGCUCCUGGGACUGCAUGGGAGAGGGACUCCUUCCUGGGCGAGGCGGGGUGUGUUUGAGUGUGUGUGGGGGGGGGGGGCGGUAGAGCUUCAUCAGGGUGAGAGGAAGGGGUACAAGGCACCCCGUGCCUUACGAAGCGCAGGCCCCUCACUUUCUCCGGCCUGGGGACCACCCCACCUGUGCGUCGCCCUGCCGGAGGGCUUUGGGGGGGGCGUCAAAAGGGGGGGGCAAGGCUGCCCCUCUCAGCUCUGCGUGGCUUGGGGGGGUACCCAGUGUGCUUGCUAAGGACUCCCUGUGCAAAGUUUGGGUGACUAGCGAGGAAAGGACGAUGGCAGUCUCCUGGCUUUGCCCCCCACCCCGUUCAGUUGUGGGUCCUGCUGUGACAGGAACAGCAGCUGGGUGCACUAUCGUGCAUCAACACCCUGCCCCCCCCCCCCAAAAAAGAAACCCUCUGUGCCCUGGGAAAGAAUCCUAGAUUCUCCAGAGUUUGGGGGGGGUCUCGUAGGUCACCUUCCCCCUCCCCAUCUGUCUGCGGAGGGAGGGUUAAGAGCUGGCACCGGGCAUCGGAGGGGGGCGUGCUGCAUUAUCCGCAGGAGCUUUGGGAAGGUGUUUACCAUCGGCUGCUAAUUGCAAGCUUGCCCCUCCGGGGACCCUGCCUGGCGUUUGCCCAAGGAACUUCCAGGAAGCGCAG